AUGGCGAGGCGCGUGUACGGCACCCACUCGGUCACAGUUCCGGGGUGGCCAAGCGCAUUCAAAGUUACAUGCUGCAGCGGCAAGGAGGCCGUGCUCGAGCUGUUAGGGAACCCUGCUAACGCCAAGGGGUUCGUGCUAUUCCCUCGAACGGAGACAUCUGGAGCUGGGCGUGUGUACACCACACCAGAAUCUGCUAUCUUCUGGGAAGAAACACAGAAAGCCGCCGAGGAGCAGUUCGGACCAGGGGCCGUGGUUGUGCCACUGAUCAUCUCGAGCGACGCAACAAAUCUCUCCGGUAACGAGCGCACCAAGGUGUGGGCCGUGUAUGUGUCGCUUGCGAACAUCCCCCUCCGCCGGCGCUGGCUUGACUGCGCGAAGAUAUUGCUGGCUCUGCUGCCGUUUCCGCCUACUCGCAUGACCCCGGCAGAGAAGACGGCUCUGUUCCAGGCGGCUAUGAAGGUGGUCCUCGCUGACCUCAUAGUAGCCUCUCACACGGGCAUGGCAGCGACGGACCCAACAGGCGUGCCGCGGUUCGUGGUGCCCCUUCUGUUCGAGUACGUCGCUGACUAUCCAGAGACGUGCAAGGUUUCUUGCACGCAGCAACUGGGGUCGGCGAUGCCAUGCUCGCUCUGCUAUGUCAGCCGUGCCCAUCUCGGAGACAUGGGCCGUGAACAAGCGCAGUUGCGGACGGUGGAGAAGCAAGAGGAGCUUGUUGCCGACAUGCUGCAGGCAAAAAGCCACGCCACACUGCUGAUCCCUUCGUUUCUGUGGGACUUCAACUUCAGCCGCACGAUCUGGGGCAACACCUACUUCUCGAUGUUGCCAGACAUAUUGCACGCGAUCUACAUCGGAUUCUUCGUUUACAUCGAAGACUCUUUGUGCGGCACCAGCACCCCGGCCGAGAUCAAGGACGAACGCAUGACCGCUCUGUAUCCAGAAGCGAGGCUCGUCGGCAUUGGCGUCCCGUGCUCUGGAAAGUUUUGGCUCAGCGGGGCCAACUUCACAGCGUCAGAGCAUGGCACCGUGAUGAUGAUCGCGCCAUUUGUGGUGGAGAACCAAGUGCUGCCCAUCCAGGCGCGUGCCCUUGUAGGCGUCCUGGAGUGGCACGAGAGCUUUGUCCGAGCCCCGUAUCACAUGGACAGAUCCCUCACUGAGUUCGACGAGAACACCAGGAGGAUGAUGCAGGCGGUUCAAGCUGUGUUCCCACGCGACGCCUAUGGCUGGAACCUGCUGAAGAUCCAUCUGCUGACGCACAUGCCUGACGCGGUUCGUCGUGCCGGCCUUCCGAAGGAGUACUCAGCGGCAGCGUACGAAAACGCACACAUUCGUACCUGCAAGCUACCGUACCGGGCGUCCAACCACCGGGCGCCAGAACAGGCCAUUUUGGCACACAACACAAGGGUGGCAGUGCUGGCGCGGGUCGAGUCCACCCUCCCGGCGCCCCGACGAUACAGGACAGCCAUGCAGCGGGCGAUUGCAACGGGCACACCACAGCUCACCAGGACCCGCAGGUCCCUCACGGACCGGCCAGUGGGAGACGGCACGGCGGACUCGGUGUUUGAGCAGGGAGGGAAGUCCACUACGGACGGCUCCUCCUCCUACUGGACGCUGAGAAGGACGUCCAGGGGGUUGAGCGUGGAGGUGGCGGUGGUGCAGAGGUUGGCGGACAGGGGGCUGCACGAGCUGACGGGCUGCCGAAUUCUUGGUGUUACACAGGCGAUGGGCGGCCUAGAGGUCGUUGCUGUGGAGCGGAUUCGACGGGCAGCCCACUGUGUGCCCUCUUUUGUCACCCGUGGAAGGUGGUACCUCAACCGCUGGGCGUUUCGAUGCCACGAGAACCUCACUUAA